AAAAAAACUUUGAACGGAACGCACGGACGCCCCGCUGUCGACGGAAAUCGCGAAGGGCGGAUGAGUGCUGCGCGAGUGCAAUUUUAAUGGAAUAGUUUAGAAUCCAGAGUUUCGAGUUGCCAGCUUCCGCUUCAACGCACUGCUCAGCAGGCUUUUAAAGGCAAUUCGACGCAAUUUCCGCGAGGGAAAUGCAGGUCCAGUGAUGAGACCGCAGAGUCACGCGUGUGAAGCGCACGAAAAGUGAAAAACAGAGCGGGAGAGAAAAAAACGACAAAAACAGUGGCAUUUCAACAAAAUUCACAAAAAGUGUUAAAAUCAGUAAUGUGCAUUUAGCAGUUGCCAAACAAAUUGCAUUGUUUCUUUGUUUUGUUUUUGGCUCGCAUGCGCUAGUGUUGGUGUGAGCAAAAGAGUGUGCUGUUGUGUGUGUGUGUGACAGCAAGGACAACAAACGAGAGGAAGAGAGAGAGAGAGAAGCAACAACUGUGGAGCUGCAGCUGGAAAAAAAGAACGAUGGACACGUUUCGCAAGUGGCUGAACAAACCCAAGGCUGAUGACAAAUCGCUGCUUGCCCGCUUCUUCCAUGCGGAUCGGUCCCUCACAGCUGUGGCCAGCGAGUUGGACAGCUUCGAUGGACGGGCGGAGCCGGAUCGGUGCACCAGACUGGUCAGCAGACUGCGGCAGAAUCAGGACAAAGUGCUGGCCAUCACGAAUUUGAUUAUGGAGGAGCUGCUCGGCGAAGAUCGUGAUCCGCGUGCUUUCCGCGCAAAGUUUCCCGAGGAAGUUCUCCAGGAGAAUUUGGCCGGACAGCUGUGGUUCGGCGCCGAGUGCCUGGCUGCUGGAUCCUCCAUUAUGAACAGGGAGACGGAGAGCAAGGAGAUGCGUCCACUGGCCCAGGCGGUGACCAAGAGUUUGGGCAAUGUGAGGGUUCUGCUGAGGGAUCAGUGUUUAAAGAACAACGUACCCAACAGCAAGACAUUGCACUUAGACUUGAACGAUACGACCACAGAGCAGCUGUAUGAGAGUCUGAAGAUUUUCGACCGACUGUUUGCCGAGUUCGAGUUGAGUUAUGUGAGCGCCAUGGUACAGGUGAAGACUCGCCAUGAGUACGAGAUGCAGCAGUGGAUCGGGGUGCUUUUCUCGGAAACGCUGCAGCGGGCUCUAAAGAUUGGGCUGCUCGAUCAGGAUAUGGUAGAUGCCUUCGAUCCCGGCCUGAUGUUCUCCAUUCCACGCCUGGCCAUCGUUGCUGGUUUGGUGGUCUAUGCCAAGGGACCGCUUAACAUGGACAUGCCGGGUGACCAGCUUUCGGAAAUGUUCCGUCCCUUUCGCACAAUCCUUAUCAAGAUCCGCGAUCUCUUGCGCAACCUCAACAACCAGGAGCUCUAUCAGCUGGAGAAGCUCCUGUGUACCAACGAGGAGAUCAACACCAAGGUGCCACUUGGCUCGAGCAGUAUCGAGGCCCCCAGUCCGGAGCACAACUCCAAUCUUACAACGAGCAGCAUACAGAAUAACAACAGCAGCAGCAACAAUAACCACAGCAGCAGUGGCACCAUUACCACGGGGACAACAAAUACGCACAGAGUGGUGGAGCGCCUGGUGGAUCAGCGAAACAACAAUAUUAAUAGCAACAGCAACAGUAGCACCAAUCCAGCAGUGGAGGAAACUACUUUGCGCUCUCCGUCCAUGUUGUCGUUUUCGCCCACCAGCUCGCCCACCGCCUCGCCCGCGCCCUCACCCACGCCCUCGCACUCGAUAGCCUCCACUUCAUCGGCGGCCACCAGUUCCACAAAUCCACCAGCGGACUGGAGCGAUGGCGAUGAUGAAGACGAAGACGAUGAUAUUGAGGUAGAUGAGGAGGACUUAGAAAGCAGCGAUGAUGACACGGACGAGGAACAGCUGCUCAAAGACAUUGUGGCGGCGGACUGUGCCUCCGGAUACCUCAUACCCAACACCAAUCUGGGCAAUCUGCUGCAGCCCCAAGAGGUUCCUCUCACGGACAACUUCGUGGCCAGCGAAGAUGAUGAGUACGGGACUGGCGAGCAGCAGAGUCAGCGCCACGAGGAGGAGGAGCCCAGCACAAGUGCUGCCAUGCUGGCGGCCACCCGCACCUUGCAGCGGCUGCGCCUGCCCAGUAGCGACACCGAUCCUCUAGCCGAGCCCACGACAAUCAAAGCAUCUGAGGAGCAGAUGCAGCAGCCAGCUGUGCCAAGCGUUCGCCAUCGAGAGGGCCACAGUCACCGCCAUCACCAACGCCACCACCACCACCAUCAUCACCAUCACCAACAUCAGCACCGGCAGCCGCAUCCGCAUCCGCAUCGCACAACGCGCAGUGGCCGCAAGCGUUGCAGCCUGGAAGCACCAGAGGCGGAGGGGAAUCCGGUGGAGAGGGAUCAGAACCUGGCCAGCGGUGAUACAAGUGCCGCCUCCUCGCUGUCAGACGAUGUGUCGCUGGCGAUGCGCAACACCACGGCUCGACUCAAGUUCAAGAGCACCGAAAACCUGCUGCACCGCCUGUUUGUCUGCAUCGCCGGGGUAGCCGACCAGCUGCAAACGAACUUUGCCUCCGAUCUGCGCCAGAUUCUCCGCAGUGUGUUCCUCAUGAACAUGUCGUCGGCUCAGGAGGAGAUCGACAUUCCGGAAAAGACAAAGGAGUCGGAGCUUUUCGAGUUCCGGGCAUCCGAGAACGAUGUGAUACAGGAGAGCGCCGGCUCCAACCAAAGCAUUUACUCAGCGGAGGAAGUCAAUCCUGAGCUGGACAAUGUGUUCAGUGCCGGCGGUGGCAACCAGGCCACUGGUCAGCGCCAUUCUGCCGGCGCCAGUAUGCAGCGAAAUAAUACCAUUGAUCUGGCCAGCCAGCCUGGCAAUGAAAGUCCCAGUGGAGCAACGAUGGCCAACAGUCGUUCGCAUGUGACGCGUAGCCGAAGUCUUGGGGAUCAGGAGGCAGCUAACACGGCCACCAGCAGUAGCACACAGCUGCAUCAGCAGGAGCAGCAGCAAUUGCAGAUCCAGCUGCAGCGACAACGCAACAAUUCCGUGGGCAGCAACACGCCCUCCAGCGCCUCCUCAACCAGUUCCAGCUCCGAGCAAAAUUCCCCGGUGAGUGCCAGGAGCGGCAGUCGCCGCCGCCUGCAGAGCAACAACGAAACCCAGAUGCCCUCCUCUGCAACGUCCGCCUCAGCCACGCUUUCUCCGCCCGCUUGGAUUCCUGAUGGCAAGGCACCACGAUGCAUGGCCUGCCAGACGCCUUUCACUGCCUUCCGUCGUCGUCACCAUUGUCGCAACUGUGGCGGCGUCUUCUGUGGCGUCUGCUCCAAUGCCUCUGCUCCGCUGCCCAAGUAUGGACUGACAAAGGCGGUACGCGUCUGCCGGGACUGCUACGUACGCGAGGUUCGUUCUGGAUUGGGUGUUCAGGGAGUGCAGAGUGUUCAGAGCGUCCAGGCCACCGCCUCUUAGGAUUGGCCAAACGCGCUAGCCGGCGCAGCUGACGACCAAAAACGUGGCCGAGACGGAGAAAAAGCAAACUGUGACUCGCAAUUGUUCCGCAAACAAUGUUUUCUUUAUUUUAUACGUAAUCCUAAUCCUAUUAAAAAUGGGCCCAUGACCACAGUUAGGGCUUGCGUAUAUAGAUCAUAUAUAUCGUAAAUAUAUAUAACCAUAGAUAUAUAUUUUUUAAUUCCAAAACAAUGACCAACUGAGCGUCUAUCAAACAAGUCUAGAAUAAAACUUCGAUCUGUACUACAACGAUAUUUGUUCAUAUCAAACGAUAGCGCCAGCUUUAAGUUCGGCUUGCAUUUUUAGGAAUAUAACAUUUUGUUAUCUGUUCUAUGUUUUGUUUUGGGGCUUUGGGAAACACCCUAAGGUGUGGACAAGAAUUUUCUAUGCGUUAGCUUUAACUUUUCAAAAUCCUUUGUCACUAGCCAAGGCCUUACUAUAUUGCAGUUAGAGCUAUAUAGAUAAAUGUAUAUUUUUCUAGCGUUGAGUAUCAUUGUGCGACCGUAACAAGCUGAUAAUAGGCGUUAAUUGUAGCAGAAAUUUUUGCGAAACAUUUUUUGUGAUUUAUCGUAGUUUUAUAUGUAUUAAUUAUCUUAUGUUAAAACGUUUUUAUCUGACCUAGCUGGAAUAAAUAAGUACGUAGAUGUAUGUGGCAUGAUGAAAUCCUUAAAUUGAAUUUCAACAAUAAUAACAAAUAUAUAACCACUAAAGACAAACAUAUAUAUUUUCUGAUUCAAACUUGUAUAAAGUAUAAAAUGUAACAAACAAAAAAUCUGUAAAUUGAGUUUAGGAAAUAUACGCGAUUUUAUGCUUAAAUAAAAAUCAA